CACACGCCUUGGUGGGAAAGAAACGGGUGGCGUCGGGUCUUACGGUUGUCGAUAUGACGGGUCUGCCUCACCGCGCGCUAUCUUCUCCGGUGGAAUGUUCAGUCGAGCCGCCUGUGGGGGUACUUAAUGGCACAGCUGAUGCCCGGAGGGAUUAAAGGGAGGUAACCAAACUAGAUGAGCCAGAUAGUUAGCCUAUAAUGUCAACACAUGAUCUGAAGUUGCAGCAGUCAAGUUGUCAAAGCGGAGUGAAAGCCAGCGUGACUUGCUUUGUCCCAGAUCAGGAGAGAUUGUACACACAAACUGACAAAUCACGUUUUCAGAAUGUAAGUGAACAUGAGAAGUUACAUCCUGGACCAUUGGCUCAACACAUCCACAACAAGAAAGAUUUAGAAACUAGAACUACUGCAUCUUCACCAUCGUUGCAGUUAACAGGCCAGCAGAAAAGCAGCAGAGAUUUGCAGAUCAGGCAAAUAAUACUUCUCAGAUCUAAGGAAGACUCCAGUAGGACAUCUGAGGAACAGAGGAAAUCUGCCAGAUUUACUUCCACCAUCUCUAUCAGUCUUCCCAAUAGAAGAAACAAAAAAGACACCGCGGAGGAAAAAACACUGCAAGCUACAAAUAGCCUUUACAGCACACAUGAAGCCAUAAAAAACACAGCUAAUCAAAACCACACAGAGCUAAGGGACGUGCUUUCACCAACUGAGCAAUGUGGCGAAUCAACUGGUGAAUUAUUUAAGAAUAGGGAUGGGCCAAAAGCAAGCUUUGAUGAAGACAGUUUUACCACUCUGCAUCAACAUGGACAUAACACACCAAAGCAGGGACAAAAUACAGGAAUACAACACAACAUAGGCCUUCAUGAACAAACGCAAAUUGUCCACAACGGCUCACAAAGACAUUCUACUCAACCUGUUUGUGAGGUUCAAACAGAAUUCAACAAGGAAUCUGGAGCCAAUGACUGUAGAAAGAAUACUGCAACAACUCCACAGUACCACAGUAAUCUGACCUCCUUUGAAGGGGACAAUGGUCUAAAAGCAAGCACUGAUUCCCAGUUUUUUGCACACUAUUCAGAAGUAGUAAAUCAGGUCUUGCCAUUAGACUCUUUUCCUGCUCUUCAUUCUGAUAGUACCCCUGAGCCAGAACCUGGUCUUUUCAAUCCUACAUCAGCUAUGUUGACAUCGGCCCUGGCCUCAGUUCUUCCUCUACCUUGGAGUGGCCGUCUUCAAAGACCCAAGCAAGGCUGCAGCGAAGUACAGCAUGAGCCCCAAGAUUGUGGACAGAAUGUCAACCCAUCUACCUUAUUUUGCCAGGAUCGGCAGCAACAACCGUUUCUUCCUUCCCAGAGGCGACCAUCUGAACACAUGUUGGCCAAUGACAGUGACAUGCAGUUGACUGCAGGAACCAGCUAUAACUGUCCUGACUGGCAAAAAGAGAACAAUUCCCCGAACAUCACAACCACAAUACAGCCGACGAGACCCAUUAUUAAAUCCUCCUCUGUGGGCAUGAUGUACAAUAAUACAGAUUUGCAUUCUUUUCCCACACCUCUGGACACUCGUCAGGUACCAAAUUUGGCCCAUUCAGAGUACAGAAUAUCAAACACUGGAGAUGAACAUGAGGCUUUCAAAUCAUUGAGCUCUAAGCCAACAACAAGCAGUCUACUUCUUUCCUUGAGGAGGUCAAAUUUGAGAAGCUCCAGUGCUGAUCCCACACAAUCACAGACUCAGAUGACUAGUUCUGUCAGGUCCCUUACAUUGCCUAGCAGAGUUGUUUUGAAAACUCCAUCAUUUGCCCAUUCUGUUACCGCUGAUGACCAAACCCCCGAAUAUCCAGACACUCCUGCAAGAACAGAGGAAAUAGCAGUCAGUCAGUUCCUUUUCUCACAUAGAAUUAAGAGUAGAGUGCCAUUAAGAAAAUCACUGUUUCUAAACAAACCAGAGACAGAAAUUUAUCAGAGACUUGAAGCUUCUGUUGCCAGAGUAGAGGAAGAACGUUUCCCAAUCUCCACAACCAAAACCGGCCAACUUGGAAUUCUCAGAGCUGAACAGAGUUCUUAUUCAGUGUUUUUGAGGAAAUAUUCCAAUACAGAGGACAUAGAUCCAGCGGAACAAAAUGCUGCCAACAACACCAACCUGCAAAACUCCAAUAUGACCAGACAAAAAGUAAUUCCAGAUACCACAAUUUCUCCCAAAGUUUUAACAAACAAUGUUCAACAAUCUGGCUUUAAUGUUCAAAAAUUAAAAUCACAAAGUACACACAAUAUAAUAUCCAGUAGUUCUUCAGGUACAGGCACCUUCACAGACAGGCUUAACUACUCACCCAGGAAAGACUCUGGUGGAACAAGUCCCACAAAUGUGGGGCAUAUAUAUCUGGACUCUAAGAAAUAUUCUCAGUCAAGUCAAAGCACUAUGGAUCUUUCGAGCUCUCUUUCUCCAAGCAGACCUCUCAGAAGUGUAAGAGUACCAAGCAUUUAUUCAUACCUACGGGAGUCCAGCCCGGCUGUGUCCACCCCUUCCCCUUCCACCACUUCUUCCCACAUACAGAGAGGUGAAACAUCACCUCCUAAGCAAGAUGGAGGUGUAACACUGCAGGGUGACCGGAAAACACUACCUUCAAGAUUUUCAUUUGACUUCAACCCAUUUGUGCCACAGGUACAAGCAUUACAAAGAAACUCUUAUAGCUCCAGCUCUCAUAUAGUACCAGCUCAAUCUCUGCCUCCUGAUUUUGGACGAAGAUCAGCACCUCGUCUCAGCACUUCUCCAUAUUUUAGCCUCAUCUCCUCACGACCUACACUCAACAACACUUUACAAGAACUAUCCUCUCCACCUGUGUCCAAAACUCAUACCCGAUCUACAUCUUAUGAUAUUGUAACCACUCCUGCAGACUUCAUAAAAGGUGAUCCAAGCUCUUCACUGUCCACAUACACAGGCAUAAUAAGAAGACCAAAGGAACAGUUAGCUUCUCCUAACAGAAAACAGAGGACAGCAGUUCAAGAUUAUACAAGCGCCCUAGAUAAUCACAAACCUGCCCAGCCAUGCCUCUUACAAGUUGCACCAGAUACAAGUUUUGUCAUGGAACGCCAAAGCGCAAAUAUAAGCCCACACCCAAGGCAGCCAGACACAGGCUCUAACAACUUCUGCCAUCAGGAGCAUGAUGGCUUGAUGGAACUUCAGCUUGAUAAGGGUAAUGCUUACCCCAAGCACAGGCUGAAUGAGAAAGAUAAGUAUAAGCUCACAGUAGAAAACGAGACUCCACUGACAGCUGAGAAAGAGAUUCCCGCUGUGCAUAUGCAUGAGAGAUUACAGGAAAUGCAAAGUUCCAAUUCAAAAAAAGGCCUCUUUAGUUUACGAGUUAACAAAGACAAAGAAGCUGUCUUUUCGUCAGCUUCAUUGCCAGACAAAGAGGUUGUUAGUCCCCAGUAUUUAAAAACCAAAAGACAUUCGCCAGUGUUUAAAACGAGCAGCAGGAUUGACCAGAUGUUAAAUCGCUUGAAACUGACAUUUGGUGUCAAACGUUCAAACAGCUCACUUGACGCACUACCGAAAAAGAACAAGAGUCCCACUCAGCAACCCUCAGAUACUGAGACUUUUGAAAGUCCCAAGCCAGAGGAGAACACAUGUUCUGAGAGCCACCCGGAACCUUCUAACUACUCUUUAAUAACUGAUAAACACUCUUUAAAUUCCUUGUCACUACUAACAUUCAAAAAAUCUGAGAAUACAUUAAAUAUGGAUGAACAAAAUAAGUCUACAGCUGAAAUAAAUUAUUCUGGGUGCACACGGGAGGCCCCUAACUCAUUCUUGACCACCAAUAAAUCAUCUUUUGCCUCUUUUGGGUCCUUGUUGCCAUGUACAUUAAAGAUAUCUGAGAAAACCUUAAAUAUGGAUUGGCAAAAUAGAUCUACAACUGAACAAAAGGGUUCUGGGUGCACAUGGGAGGCCCCCAACUCAUCAUUGACCACUGAUAAAGCACCUUUUGCUUCUUUUGAGUCUUUGUCACCGUUAACAUUAAAAAAAUCAUCUGAGAAUAAAUUAAAUGUUGAUCAGCAAAAGAGGCAUAGCGAUGAAAAUGGAAACCAUUCUUAUGGUAGGAGCUUUAGUCCACAUAGGCUAAAGGCCCAAAGUAUGAAUCGUUCUGCCACCUUGCCACAUUACAGAAAAUCCUCUGUCGGUCCCCCAUCACCCUUUUAUUUGUUUGAUUUUGAUUCAGAAGAAAUUCAGAAUGAUAAUGUGUUUAAUAGUCCAGUGAGCAAAAAAACAAAUUCACUGUGUGAGUCUGAUUACUUCUCUUCUCUGAACUCCAAGAGUCCCGUGCAGCAAAACCUUGUGAGGUCUCACUUGUCCUCGUCAUGUGCUGAUUUAAAGUAUGGUCUACACAAUGGACGAUCUUUCUCAGUAAGCAGUGUGGUUUCAAGCCGCCCAUCAGGUCCUGGACGAAUCUCAACAAGCAGCAUCAGCGACCUGUCAAGUUUGGAUGACUUUGUGCCGAAGGGGGAUUAUACAGUAGUUGACUCUCCAAUGAGUAGUAGCCAUUCUCCAAUCUGUGAUGCCAAAUCUAUCACUGGUAAACAGUCUGAACCUGGAUAUACAGAUGAUCUUGAUCUUGAUCAUUAUGAUGCAGACCCAACCCCACCUCCAUCACCAACUAUGUCCUCUUCACCUCGUCGGAUAUCCCAGGCACCUUCUGUAUCUUCCCCCAUGUGGACAACUCCAGAAAAGUCUCCUACUCGUGGAAUCCUGUCAUCAAGGAGCUACACAACCAGCUUGACUGUUUUUGAGGAGUCUGAUUCUGACACCACAACCGAUGAUGAAUACUAUCUUGACAAUUGUGAUGAUGCUGUAGAAACAGAACUUUAGAGGAGGUAAUUAUGUGUUCAAUUCCAUCAUAUUGAAUAUGUGGUUACAUAUAUACGCUUCUACGAAAUUAGAAACGAUCUAAAUUGUAAUAACAACUAGAAAUCCAGAUUGGAUAUGAAUAGAAGGAAUUAUAAUAUAUCAGAACUAUAAGACCAUGUUGAUUUCAUAUUUUUUGUUAUAAAUUAAAUAUAAUGGGCUUUUUGAAUACUUUAGUGUUUGAGGAUAACAAUUUUUUAUUUCAUUAUGAAUUAAUAUACAAUACAGUACAAUGCACUGUUUCAUUAGGUUUUUUAAGUAUAUUUUCUGGAUCUUAAGGCUUUGAAAUUGUGAAUUCUCACAUCAUUCCUUUUAUUGUAGGUUAUUGACUGUUUCAUUCACUGUGGCAUUUGAAAGCACAGCAUGUCAGUUACAAUACAUUAUUUUCCUGACAGACAUUCUAUAGUCAGUAGCUGUAAAGUAAGAAACUGAACCCCAACUGUUUAACAGAGGUGUUUGAAUUUUCUCAACUCGUACUGCUCUUUUAACAGUAAAAAAAAAAGAAUAGAAAAAUUGAAUAUCGGUGCCCCUGUAACACUGAUGAUUCCACAUUAAUUAUGGUUAAGUCUGUAAAGAAGAUGAUGUUACAGAAGUCUGCUAUCCAUUUGAUAUUAUUUUUAAAAGUAUGAAAGUGUUAUUGAAAACUGGCUGAUCCUGGCAUAGCCUGUGUGACAUCUGCAACUUGUUAAUUUGAGGUUCAAACACGGCCUCUCACAGUCUAUGCAAAAGACAUACCACUAGAUGAACUAAGCAUUCUUAAAUAAGACCUCACAGUUAAUUUUAUUUGCUGUAUAAUUUAAUUGUGCUAUUUGUGUGCGGCUUUCAGUGUAAUUUUAAUUGAUCUUUUUUAUAAUUUUUUAUGCAGAGCAGGGGUUGGGGCAUCAUUUCUCCCCUAGAGCCUAGGGACCUCCAUAAGAUGUUAAGAUGCUCAAUUGCAGCACUGACAACAACACAGUACUACUAAAUGCUGUAUAACAUAGGCCUACGGGACCUUUUUGUAAGGGAAUUCUUGAAUGUCUUCAUUAAAUCGGUUAUAUUUAUUAACAUUUAAUAUAUUGACUACACUAUAUUUUUCUUAAGGCACAAGAAGAAGAAUAUUGAUCACUUAUAAAAAAAAUUUAAUAAAUGAUCUGUAAAUGACUAACUUUGCACAUGACUCAAGUUAAACUGCUAUGCUAACCUUUAAUUAGCAAGUACACUCUGUGGUCUAGUAAACUCUUUAAUUCUAAUAACAGAAAUUCCUUAAUUACAGCUCAUUAAAACAUUGCCUGUCAUGUCACAACCUGCCACAAUGAACAGUUAUGACUAUGAAUGAUGCAACUAAUUUGGCCCUCUUAUAGAUCGAUGUUUCAGUAAUGGUUGACAGGUAUGCGGAAGCAGUAGGCCUGUUCUUUAAAAAAAAACAUGACUGCCUUCUUUGGCCCUCUUGAGUAUUUUGAGUAUUAUUUUUUUAACUUUCGUAAAGAUGUAACCUGCUGAAAGGACCACUGAACGAAUCUUUUUGUUAAACGAAGCUCCUACUCCACACGUAGUUCUCCUUUAAAAAAAAAAAGCUUUUGGAUCUCGUAUAUUUCUAGCUUUCUAUCACUGAGUUGGAUGAGUCUGUUUUCACGUUGCUCUGGUAACGGCUGUUGUGGGUGUAAGGCGUGCAUUUGCACCCGUCUCCAUAAUGUCGUACUGUCUAGGCUUUAUUUUCUCGUUUUUAAACUCCCUCAAUGUUGUUUACUCUUUGGUUGCAGCUUUAGCCCCCUCUACGUUUUUUUACUUCAACUUGUCGAUGUCAUUGUGAAAAUCCAGUUCACGCUUUUGUUUACUUUUCGAUAUUCACUGGAUUGGUUUGAUUUGAAUAUUAUAAGGAUACAACGCAUUGCCUAUUUAAGCUCCUUCUACCCAUUAAACAUUUUAAUUCAGGCAUUUUUAAGAAUAUUGGCUAUUCUGUUUCUUGAGAAUGAAGAGGACUCGACUGAUCAAGUAAGUAACAUUUUGUGGUCUCAACAGAAGUGGUUUAUUAAAAACACCUGUCUUAUUUUUGAAUUGAGUAACGUUAGGCCUAUAUGGUGGAGUUAAAUGUAGUUUAAUAAUCCAAUAAAAUAGUCAUAAUCCUAGUUGAAUAAUCCCAUUUCCCAUACCUAGCAAAGGAAUUGAAAUGUAAAUCCAUGUUAAUGUUUUACAGAAUAAACUCACUGUCUCUCUCUCUCUCUCUCUCUCUCUCUAUCCUAUAAGCAGCAUGUGCUAGCAUGAACAAGACAAUUGAACACACAUACUCUUUUGACAGGUGUGAAAUACAGCAAAACAUGCAGACUCGUUACUAAACGAGUGAAGCAAUAGAAAAAAAAAACUGUCAAUCAUUCCCCCCUUUAGCCAUCACCCAACAGCUCCAUCUGGGGAAACUACAUCAGAGUCUAAUGUCAUACUUGUCCCACAGCUGGAAACAGUUUUCAGCAGAGCAGCCAGGAUCAUCCAGCGAGCAUGGAGGGCACAUGUUGUUAGUGAUCACAGUCAACUUUCAUGUUACUUUUUCUCCAACUUUGUUACAUAUGAUUGAAUGCACAAAUAAAAAGUAGUGCAUACUGUGCCUGUCAUGUGUAGGAUACUGCUGUCUUCAAGCACCUCAAGAAACUAGUGAGUCUCCAUAAUCAAGGGGAUCCACGUCUCCUUAGAUUUAUUAACCCUGCAGAGGCUAAUAUUUUGGAUUCUGCUUCAGGGGCGCUUAUCCGAUUCAGACUGGGUGGGGUGAGUGCUGAUGUGAUUCAUUUUUCAAUGAUUAGACAGUUAUUUGUACUUAAUAACAUGCUGUUAUUGUGUUCUGCUCUAGGUUACGUUAUUGGAAAGCUAAUUAUAAGUAAACACACAAAUUGCAAAUUACUUACUAACGUUUAUAAAAUUCCAGCCAACCUAUCCUCCAAACAUCUACUUUAAAAUAUACACUCGUGCACCCAUAGUGGACAUGUGCGCCUCCAGUCUUAAAGAUUACACGCAGCUAAAGAAACCUGCUCCAAGCCAGAUUCAUAAUGGCCGAAUGAUGAUCAAUGAUGGGAAUGAUCACUCUGGGUGGUACCAACGGGUGGAGAACAAUGGCUGGAGGAUUUUGUCUUGCAAGGUGACAUAUCCAGUCAUAAUACUUUCAUUUUCAUUUUACCUUUUGUAUAUCAAUGCAACUCAAUAAAUGAAACAUAUCCAACCAAACAUUCAGCAGCCAUUACUCCACUCUCCAUAAAUUACAUUUUAAAAUAUACACUUUCUACCUUCUACUGUUUCAUGUACAAUAUAAAUUGUAACAGUCAGAAAAAUAUUCAAAUGUUGCAUGACUAAGCAUUAUGUGUCUAUCAUUGCCUUUAUGAUGAAAGAUUUCCGUGUUUGAAGACCCAAUAACUCAAGAUCCCAAUAUUAAGAAAAUAGAAUUCCAUCACUGCAAAAUCUGACGGCGACAAGAUGUUGCAAGAAAAAAGAAGAUUCAUAAAAUCGAAUGGAUGAGAAAAAUGUAACAUUUUAAAAAUGUAUUUAAAGUAACUGUUUGAUUGCUUGUGGUAGGUGGUGAGAUAUGUUCUGCAGAGCUAAUCAUACUAAAACCUGGAAUAUAAGAUGUGAAUGACAGCAUAAUUGUAAGCACAGGUAUGCUGGGGGUCUCCUGCAUACUGGUACUGAACACAGCCAAACAGCUCUGCUGGUCCAAAAAUCCACACAGAAUGAUGGAUUCCCUUGAACAGAUUGGAACAGAUU